GAAUGUUGAAAUUUAACAAAUAAACUUUUUGACGGUCAAUUUCGGCAGCAGAGUUUUUAAACCAUUUUAUCAUAAUAGCAUAAUAGCAUUAGGGGAAAAAUGCCACUUUACGAAACAGUAAUGCAGGAGAAACCGCCUGUUGUACUGGACAUUGGAACUGCGUACACAAAGCUUGGUUUUGCAGCAGAGGCAUAUCCACGAAAAAUCAUACCAUCGGAAGUGAUACUCUCAAGUAAUGGACAAACGAAAGCCUUACUGCAAUAUGAAACUAUAAGUGGCUUGUACGACCAAUUUGUGGACUUUUUGCAAAUGAUAUUCUUCAAGCACUUGCUAGUUAUACCGAAAGAGCGAAAAAUUGUGAUUGUUGAAAAUGUUUUCGGUCAAACUGUGCUACGUGAGACGCUGGCGCGUGUGCUUUUUCGGCACUUUGAGGUAUCAUCUAUCAUGUUUGUACCUUUGCAUAUGUCUGCAUUAGCCACGCUAGCAGUGCCCUCGGGAGUGGUUGUCGAUAUAGGCUAUACGGAAACUACUGUGAUGCCAGUUUAUAGUCGUGUGCAAAUUAUGCAGGCAUUUCAAGAUCAAGCGUAUGGCGGGCGUGCCAUACAUGCGGAGAUUAAGCGUCAACUAUUAGAAGAGGGCGUUAAUGAGAAACAUCUCACUGAUGCUAUAUUAGAAGACAUUAAAGUUCGUACAUGUUUUGUAACAAAUUUGGAACGUGCUAAAGCGUAUCGUAAUGGGCAGACACCAGAAGCGCCUCCCAGCCUCGAAUAUCCAAUCAAUGGUCAGGAAAUUAUUACCAUACCGGGAAAGCUACGUGAGACAGUUUUUGAAAUAAUGUUCGAAGAAAAUAACGAUCGUGAUAGUCUGCCACAUUUGAUACUUCGCGCUAUAAUUAAAUCACCAGUGGAUGUGCGCCGCUCAUUAAUUGAAAGUAUAUUCAUAGUAGGUGGCAGUGCCAUUAUUAUGGGCUUAUUAUCACGGCUCAGAGCCGAAAUGCAGUAUUUAGUGGAGAAGGACGAAGAAUAUAAGAAUAAAUUGUGUGGUGAUAUUAAAUUUAAAUUUCAUAAAACAAUUGGGCGAGAGAAUUUCACGGCCUGGCUAGGUGGCUCCCUUUGUGGUGGCACUGAUCUCAUACAAACACACUCACUUACUAAAGAAGCGUACGUGAAAAAUGAUCGUGUUCCUGAUUGGAUUAAUUUGACGGACAAACGUUCAACAGGUUAAAUGAUAAUAAAUAAAAUUUCGAAAAAUACUCUCGAUGCGAGAAGUAGAUUUGCGAGCAUGCUUAAAAACUAUUAGUAUUUAUUGAGUUUUUCGUUUUUCGUUUAAUAAAAUUUCAAUAUUAAAUAAAAGUAUUACAUUUUUA